ACCUGGAUUCACCAGGGAAAUACUCGGCUGGGGAAGCACUGCCGACUCAGAACCAUGGCACCUGGGUUCAGACCUGACCACUUGGAGUGUCCAGCAGGUGUUGCAAAUGAGAGGGGUGGGGUGGUCUUGGCAGAGAUGCCACUCUGGCCUGGGGUGGGGCUUGGCAGGUAUCUGCCAUCCUGAGAGGCAUGCUACCUGGAAGCAGCCCCAGGGAGAGGAAGCCAAGGAAGGCCUGGGGUCUGGGCCAUGACUGUUCCCAACCCCUUGCUGCCUAACUGGCACGGGCCAUCCCUGUGCAGUCUGCUCUGGGGUCAGCCCACCUUCCACCCACAGGAUGCCACAAGUCCCAUCCUCUUUGCUCUGGCCAGGGCUCCAGGCUGCCUCCCCAGCUGCUUAGGUUGUGGCUGCAGCUCAGCCCCAUGCACCCUGCAGGGCCACUACCACUCCAGGUUCCUCUCACCCCACCAAUGGCUCAGAUGUGGAGGAUUCCUGGAGGUGUCCAAGGCGGGUGGGGGUUGUGAUCACCUACCCGAGGUGCCUGGACUGCCACUGCUCUGUCACCCUGUGCCACCACCUACCCACCACCCCCGACAUCCGGCUCUGGUCAGCCUUGGUGUUCAGCCUGGGAGGCGGGGUGGGCAGUCAGACGGGUCUGGCGGGAACCUGGGAUCUGGAGGGAGUGGCCCUGUUGUAGGCACCCUCCCUCGGGGAGGGGCCCUUAGUAUCCAGCUGCUGAAAGGUGGACUGGGGUCAGAACGGGCACGGACGUGCCGGCCAGAGGGAGGAGGUGCAACAGGUAAGAAGAACCCAAUGGCUAGCUUGUGUCCAUCGUUUUAUGGUGGGGAGCCCCUGACCCCUGUUCUGGGCCUCCAUCCUUGCUCUAUCCAUCUUGCUGGGCCCCUAUCCCCAGGGGCUAGGGUGUCCUGCCUCCCUCAUCUGCCCUUUAGAUUCUGGUCGCCCCGGGGUCCCUCUGCCCAGCUCUCCCAGGAGUCCCUUUGCUCCUUUCCACAUUAGAUCCUUCCUAUGCCUAGAGUCCCUCCGUGGUCCUGGGGUCACUCAGGUCUGGGGCCUCCCCCAAGUCUAGCUCAGGCUCUGCGGUGCCCCUAGGUUAAACUCUGGUCCAUCCUGGGGUGCGUCUUUGUCUCCAAUCCUUUUCAGAUCCCCUCUCUGCCCAUCUCUCCAACCCCCCCACCCCACUCCUGAUCUACUUCCAGCCUGGACACCCCCCCUUCUCAGCUCCUACUCCGAGGCUUCUGUCCUCCCCAUCUCAUCUCAGCUCCUUGGCUCUAGCCACCUCCUUCUCCCGACGCUCCUGCUCUGUGCUGGGUGAUUCCCUCCAGAGUCCGCUCCUGACCCUACCCAGACCCUUGUCCGUUCUUCUGCUGCCACCUUCUCUGCCUGACCGCCUUUCCCCGCAGGUCUGGUCCCGAUGCCCUGCCCUCGGCCGCCCUGGCUCCGCCGCCCCCGGGCCCCUCAGGGCUCGGGCCCUAGCUCCCCGGGCUCACCCUCUGCGCCCGGUUCCCCAGGCAGCGGGGAGGACGAGGAGGAGGAAGAGCGGGACGGCAGCCCGGGCUCUGGCCCCAUCCUGCCCCCCGCUACCCCCGUGGAGUGCCUCAUCUGCGUGUCGCCCUUCGACGGCGUGUUCAAGCUGCCCAAGCGCCUGGACUGCGGCCACGUCUUCUGCCUCGAGUGCCUGGCUCGCCUGUCUCUGGCCACGGCCGGCGGCGGCGACCCGGUGGCCUGCCCAGUGUGCCGCGCGCCCACGCGCCUGGGCCCGCGCGGCGGGCUGCCCGCGCUGCCCACUCAGGCCGGCCUGCUGCCCCGCGCCGGGCGCGCGCCCCUGCCGCGCCCGGGCUCCGUGCGCUUCGACCGCCGCCGCGGGCUGCUCUACGUGCCCGGGCCGCGCAAGGCCCGCGCCGCGCUCCCGCCGCCGCCGCCGCCGCUGCGCCUCGGCCGCCCGCUGUCGCGCCGCCGGACGCUGGCCAGCACCACCUGGCUCUUCAACGCGGCCGUGGCGCUGGCCGUGCUGGUGGCCGCGGGCCUCGUGGUCUCCGGCGUCUACAUCUUCUUUCUCAUCCCGCACGCCGCCGCCUCCGGCCCCGCGCGGCCCCAGCUCGUAGCGCUCGCCCCGGCGCCCGGCCUUCCCUGGUUCGCGCCGCGGCCCACGCCCGGGGCGCCCUGGACCCCCGCCUGGACGCCGCGCCCCGCGGGCCCUGUCCUGGACGCCGCCCGGCCAGGGGCUGAGGAGGACGCGCCGGAGGCCGAGGGGGUCCCCGAAGACCUGGCGGAGGCCGAGGAGCGAGAGGACAGGCCCUCGGACCGCAUGUGGGGGGUGGAGGCUGGACCCAGCUGGGCCCCGCAAGCACGGGGCAGGAGGAGAGUGUGGACGCCUCAGUAAACGCGAAUGUGCUGCAGGCCCUGUCCCAAGGCUUGGAGACCUUAGUGUCAUAUGGCCGGGACCACUCGCCAUGGUCCCCGUAGAGGCCUCAGCAGGGUGCAUGGCAAGCACCCAUUUUUCCACAGAGAGGCCUGGCGGGAUCAUUCCCGGCACCAUCACCACAGGGCAGGGACCCUCUCAAGGAGCAACCCUACCGUUGUUCCCACAGGGAGCCUCUGGGGGCACCCCGACCCCAAUCCCAUGGGCAUCAGGCUGAGGGUGCACUGACCUCCAUCUUUGUAAAGGUCCUGCUGGAAAGUGCUCCUAAACCUGGUCUCCGUGAGAAUCCAAUUGGGAGUACUCUUGAUCCUCAUCACUCGUGGGAACCCAGCUGGUGAGCUCCCUGACCGACAUCUGCAGGGGCCCUCCUGGGGCACCCCCCAGCCCUGAUCCUCACAGGGUCCUCCUGAGUGCCCCCCUAGUCAUCGUCAGAGCCCUGGGGGAGCAUCCUCGGCCAGUACCAGGGACUGAAGGCUCUGAUCUGCUCAUCCUUUGUGCUCACCGCAGGUGGCUGGGGGGCCCCAUCUUUGGAGGGCAAAGCUGCUGCUCUUAUUCCUGACCACACCCCCUGACUGGCCCACUGCAAGGCUGGCUCCCCCAGGCUGUGGAGUUUGUUUCCCACUCUGCUGCCUGCAGGCUGGGCCUGAGUGGGAUCCAGCUGUCUCCAUGCUGGUCCUGGGUUGCUGCCGUGCACCUGGCUGGGACUUGGGCCUGGAGGGGCAGGGGUGACCAGGCCUGACCAGGGCUCAGGAGGGACAGAUAGGGCCUGAGCCUCAAAGACUGGCUACCACCAGGGGGCUGAAUACCAACUUGCAAUGGGAGCCUUGACUUCCUCUAUGGGUUGUGGCUUAUGGGACCCUAAUAUGCUGUGGGCAGCUAUGGUCACCGAGGUUCAAAGAGGCCAAGGCUGCCCUCUGGGUCAGAUAGUGUCCCAUAAUUUGGUGGGGUUGCUCCUGGACCUCCCUGGCCUACCCAAGGGAUCCUGGCUCCUCUCCCUAGCUGUUAGAGCCCUCAUCACCUUCAUCUCCACUCAUUAAUUUCUCAUUAUUGCACCUCCUCCCCCAGGGCUCCACCAGCCUUUCAUGGCAUCCCUCCUGUUCCCCCAGGUGAAGCCUCAGCCCUCCUAGUAGACAGCAGCCUCCAGGGAGGGCAGCUCUUGGAUGCCUGUCCUCCUCUCAGAAGCCUUCCUGGAUUAGUCACUGAGGAGUAGUUAGCAGCCACUCUCUGCAGAAACUGAACAUGAGCUUCUGUCUCCCCUCAGGCCCUAGAGCCCCCUUCCUGCCUCACUUUGCUCAGGGUUGGGGUGCUGUGUGCUGUGGUUGGGCAUCCAGCAUUUUCCAGAGAGAAAUAUGACUUCUAUGGGGCUGAAGGCUCCUGUUUGAUUUGUUUACAUGUGUGUCCUCAGCGCCUGGCACACAGUGGGUGCUUUCUGGGGAGUGAUGGCAUUGCAGGUGACUACAAGGUAGCUGGGGAAUGCCUGUGGGCACCCUCGGCCCACCCAGCUCACAGCGACCCUGACCUAGGCAUGCCAGUGGAACUCCUGAUGUGAGCUGCUGCUUCCAGGUGGGAAGCUGGAGGAGGAACAUCAGGGUGUCUGAGGGAGUGUCUUCCCUGACCAGUUCUUGUUCCACAUCCAGGUGCCGAUGUCACCCACAGGGGCAGGGACCAGUGUGCUGGGUCACUGGGCAGCCACAGCCUAGCCCCACAGGGAGGGGACCUGGUUGGGCAGGAGCAGGGUUAGCAGUCUAUAUUAAUUUUCUCUGGUUGCUGCAACAAAUUACCACCAACUCAGUUCCUUAGAACAACACAUGCUAAUUAUCUUACCGUUCUGCAGGGCAGAAGUCUUGAAAUGAGUUUCAACAGGCUAAAGUCGAGGUGUCUGCUGGGCUAGUUCCUCCUGGAGGCUCUAAGAGAGAAUUCAUUUCCUUAGCUUUUCCAGCCUUUAGAGUUGCAUUCCGUGGCUCCUUCCUUAUCUUCAAAGGCAGCAGGUAUCUUCAAAUCUCUGACUCUCCUGCUUCCCUCUUUCACUUAUGAGGACACUGUGAUUACAGUGAGCCCAUUUGGAUAAUCCAGGAUAAUCCCCCAGCUCAACAUCCUUAAUUUAAUCACAUCUGCAAAAUCCAUUUUGCCAUGUAAGGUAACAGAUUCACAGAUUCCAGGGAUUAGGAUCUGGAUAUCUUUGGGGCCAUUAUUCAGUUUACCGUAGCGUCUCAGACAUCCCCCUCCUCAUCCUUUCCCUCCUCUACUCCAGGCCGGAGGUGGGGGGAGCAGGAGUAGACCUGGUAGGGAUGAGUCCAGCCAGGGGGGUCAGAAAGGGGCCCUUAGCUGACGAGGAAGAGGAAGACAACGCUCUUUGCCUGAGGGUGUUCAAGAAAGGCUGCCUGGAGGAAAAGACCUCAGAGCUGUAUCUUUAAGGAGGCUCAGGGGGAAUGACAACUGGCAUUAAGGUGGUGGUUGAGGGCAGUGGGCAGGUCUGGCUCCUCCCUGUGAGUCCUCAUCACUUCCUCCUAGGGGCUACAGAGUAGUGUGGCUUCUCCACCCUCCCAGCUGGGAGCUGGAGGCCUCAGUCUCUCCUCCAGUAAAGCGAGGCUGAUGACAGAGCCCAGGGGUCGCUGAGCGUCCCUGUCUGCUGAUUACUACCUCGAUGCCUGCCCGCCUAGUGCCCUGGAACAAAGGGGCUGCCGGAAACCACCUCGGCCCAGGAUUCCUCCCCACCCUUGCCUACCAGGCUGUGGCCACCGGGAGCUGCACCUGCCCAGCCCGCCCUCUGGCCACUCCAUCCCUGCUGGACUUUGCCCCUCAUCUAUGCUAGGCUUGCUCUUCCUCCCAGGCCUUGGUGGCUAGGAAUAUAGGAGGGGGUGGGCGGGUGGAUGUUUGUUUUAGUACCUGUACGGGCCAGACUUUGGUUCUGUUUUCUGUAAAAUGGGCAACAAUAAACACUCUACUUGCAGGGAGAAUUCAUUAA